AUGAAAAUGGAAACCACAAAUACCUCUGUUUUUUCUGAUUUGGAAAAAUUUGUAUGGAAAGCUGAAGUGUUGAGUCUGUCUGAUAUUGCAUAUCUGCAGACAGAAACUACAUGUGUGACUGUUGCAACUCUGGAGAAGUUUGAAUGUGGGCAGUCAGGAUGGUAUUAUGAUGGAUGUAGUGAAUGUACCAAAAGUGUGACUUUGAAGGAUGGAAAAUUCAUGUGUUAUUCCAAACACAUCAGUUCUGAGCCAGUCCCAAGGUUUAAGCUUGAAGUGCUUGCCUCCGAUGGAAAGUUAAAAUACAAGUUCGUAUUUUGGGAUGUAGAUUGUGUAAAGUUGAUUGGGAAGUCCGCCCUUCAGAUGAAGUUGGAUUUGAUGGAGACUGGAGAUUUUGAUCCCCUUGAAUUCCCUUAUGAACUUGAUGUGAUGCUGAAGAAGGAGUUGGCUAUAAGAGCAGUGUUUCAACCAAACAAGGCCAGUCUUUCUGUAAUCGGAUUUAAGGCAGACGAAGUGCUACGUACCAAAAUAAAGGAGAUGUUUAAAUGUGAAGAGCACACUUCUAAGAUUGUCGUCUCAACGGAUGACACUCGGGAUGAUAUGCAUACAGCAUCGUGUACUCCGACCAUCAGCACCUCGGAAAAACAGUCUCAUGCUGAUCCACAAACAGUUUCAGAUCAUAUAUCAAUCACUGCAGAUUAUGACCCUUCAGUUGCCAACUCUGCACUUACACCGUCAAAAAGAUCUAUUCCUGAGACAGUUGAAGAACUCGACAGUGCCCAACUAUCGUCCACCAAGAUAAUAAGGGACAUCAAGCUGGAGAAAUGA